CUGCUCCUCCCUUGACCAAAGGACCACUGUCUCACUCACUUCCGGGUGCAGCACAACAACUUCCGGGCUGGCGGCAGCAAGAUGGCGGCGUCCAUCGGCGUUCAUCUGGAGUUUAGAGGAGGUGCUGAGCUGCUGUUCAACGGGGCGAAGGAGCAACACGUCACAUUGCCGAGCCAGCCAACGCCAUGGGAUAUUCGACAGCUCCUGGUGUGGAUCAAAGCCAAUUUGCUGAAGGAUCGGCCAGAACUUUUCAUUCAAGGUGACACUGUACGGCCCGGCAUUCUCGUCCUCAUUAACGACGCCGACUGGGAACUCUUGGGCCAAUUGGAUUACAUGCUGGAUGACCGAGAUAACGUGGUGUUUAUAUCAACACUACACGGUGGUUAAGGAACAUUUAAAAUAAAAGAUUUACCCGAUAGGUCGGGCGGCCUCCGAAAGAGGCGGCCUCUGGAUGAACCAUCAGCCGAGGAGCAGGAUACCAGGUUACCAGUAAAGGAUACCAAGAUACCAAUAAAGCCAAGUGCAGCCGUGGAGAAAACCGAAAAUAACUACAGUGGCUCAGGCAGCAUCUGUGGAAAAGGCAGAAAUGCUAAUGUUUCAAAUCGCCGACCCUUUCAGAUGGAGAAACUGCAGAUGCUGUAAUCUUAGGUAAAUCACAAAGUGCAGGAGUAACUAAUUGGGUCAGGCUGCACCUGGGGAGGGAAUGGAUAUCCGACAUGUCGCCUGACCAUGUCCUUCUCAGAUGCUGCCUGGUCCUCUGAGUUACUCCGGUACUUUGAGAUGACUUCGUCAGAAUGAGCUCUGUUUUUUUUCCCCGAUUUCCAGCAUUUACCGUUUUUAUUUUCGAGAUUUUUUUUGGAUGAAGUUCUCAUCUUCCCCGUCAGUCGUGACUCGUUCCACGUUUGUUCAAUUCAUUCGUUUCUCACACAGUUUGAGGGAUUUAUUUUUUGUUGCAACUGAGAUCCUUUUCAAACGCGGCGUAUCCAAGUUAAUGUAACAAUUCCCCGCGCAGACGGCGGGGCAGCUGUUUACUUACCUGACUGUCGCUUUGUCCCGCUUGUCAUUUCGAUUCGUUUUACGGGCGAACGCUUAUAUAAGACCAACGCAAAACAAAAUCCCACCCCGUCGAAAAGUUGCAGAGGGCUGGGAAUGUUGGAUAAAAGUGUUCGCGAAACCAUUCAUAAAUAACAAAACGAAUUAAAACAAAAGUU